CGUAAAUCACAACAGUGCCGCACUAUAGCGUAUGGUACAGCAGCAUAGCUUCCCGUGUUGAGGUGAACGCAGCUAGAGCCUCUGCAACACGAGGCAGGUUGAUGACGAAAUCCAAACAGUCGAUGUUGCUGCAGAGUGUCGUGCCGGCAGCUGCUAUGAAGUGCAAAAUGGCAAGGGCACCUGUAAAGAGGAAGAUAUCAUGGGAACUGGAGCAGGUGGAGGCCGUUGUCCCGACGUCGAUGGCCGUGCGAGCUGACAUGUGUCCAUCCAGCACAAAGAAGGCUAGAUGCACAGGCGAAGAGAAUAUGCCGGGUUGGAUUGCCAGAUCCCCACAUCGACUCCCAGGUCAGUCACCGUUGAUCGGGCGGCGGGAAGUGGUGGAAAUGGCACGGAGGGAAUCAGUUCUCGGAAAACCACUUUCGUCAAUAAUGUCGAUGGCCAGCGGUCAUUCUGAGUGCUGGACGAGAGCUGAGAAUGUACCCUCUUGUGGGAAGGAGGGAGAGGCAGAGAAUGAAGGCGAGGGCAUUUUAAGAGAGAGAGCCAAUAGAGUAGCAGCUGGGGGUCUUCUGAGAGCGAAUAGCUGUGCUGGGACCAGCCUGCUUGGAGUGUGGGCUGGCCUUGAAAAUGCUGGCGUGAACGGCUGGACGGAAGCGGAGUCCACUCGCAAGAGAUUCAAGACUGUGGAUGGAAUAGCGGCUGCACCGGCAGCGGUCACAGUAAGGAUCAGUGUUCAGGGACACGGAGCGGGAAUGGAAAAGUUGCGAGGGGAGAUGACUGCAGCUAAAGCGGGCUUGCUCAAAACGCUUUCUCUUGCCAAAAACGUUGAAUGUGACCAUAAAAUCCAGCGUCGCCUCAUGGAAAAGGAGUCGGACCAGCUCCGCAAGAGCGUUUUCAAGCACCGCUCGACGGUCGAGAAAUCGCCAUGUGCUUUGGGCGGAUGCAGCAGGAACGGGGUGUCCCCUGGUGUUGCUGAGUUAAGUAAUGUGUCGGCUUCUGCAAGGGCAGCUCAACUGCGGGAAACCACGACCACAGAACUCGCCCAUCCUGCAGGUCCUUAUUACAAUGCUUGUGCCACAGACAGCCAGGACAUAGUUGAGCGGGUCAGUGAAUGCUCGGAGAAGAAAGACAGCCAGUCGCGCAAGAUCCAAAUGAAAGAGGAGGACGAUGAAGAUGACGCGUGUGUUGCUAUGUCGCCAUUCUUCACACGUGUUAGACCUCACAAACUUGCCAUCGAAGCUCAGGUUCAAGAGAUCUUCGAGAGAAGCAAAGCUGAGGCCGAUGUGAUGUCAUCUCCAGUUCCCAGCCUUUCAGUGAGUGGUGGUGCUGGCUCUGUCGAUCCUCUCGCGACCUCGUUAUCCUCAAGCCUCACGGACUCUCUCUCCGACGCGUUGUCCACUCCUACUGAUCAGAGGAUUGCCGCCUUAGCUGAAGCUUCUGUGGAACCCUGCGCUCCUAUGGUCUGUCGUUAUAAUAAGCGGCGCUCGUCAAGGUGCUCAUUGAAUUUCCAGGAAGAAGCGCUGGGGGGCGAGAUUGGCACGGACAUGAGCACAACGACACGAUAUGAGAGUUGUACCGAAUCUUCUUCGCGGAGAAGCCCGUCGUCAUCCCGCUCGCCAUCGCCAACAACCUCGGAGUCAUCCUCAUCUUCUUCUUCGUCGGUAGUGACUGCUACCUCAUCCCCUGUGCGAGUAGAGGCUCGGGCUUUCCACGCGCGCAAGUCCACAGCAAUGCGCACUCUGCCGUCGAAAUGGUAUCCUCGCUAAGCGGAAUUCACUCGCUACGACGUUCAACAUUCGUUCUGCUCAAAAAGUAUCGACCAACAAGAUGGU